AUGGCUGGGCGGGGCCGUCCCCGGUGCAACGACCGGGCGUGGGGUGAGGCCUGGCCGCCCCCGGCUGGGCAAAGCCUCCUAGGGGCGGGGCCGCGAGCAAGCGGCGCGGCUCGCUCUCUGCAGCCCUGGCGCGCUGCGAGUUGGACUGGCGCGCGCACCUGGCAGAGCAACUUACCACGGACUCCAAGAUGGGCCCACGAAAGGAGGACCCGGCUUGCAUGCGGGGUGAUACGUGGGGGUGGCGGAUGGACUUCAGGAGAGGCAAGGAAAACUCUUACGGCCUUGUUGCAGCCCCCAAAGCGCCCCUCGCGGUCCGCUGGCUGCCUUGAAACCUCACCCUGCCGGCUUCCAGGAGGGCUGCGCCAAGUACAGCAGCGGUAUUGGAAACAUUGUUGCAAAAUCCAUGCCCAGGCUGGUGGGCCAGACGCGCAGAGAGGCAUGGAAAGGUGUUCGGCAUCUGGUGUUGAGUGGCAUCUUCUGGCUCAGCCUGGCAGUCGAACAGCAAGUGGAUGGGAAAGAACCUUGACAACACAAAACUCAUUUACUAAUGGACUGGUUUUGAGUUUCUCUUCUCCGGGUCCGCAAAUCGCCCUGCCUGAGCUCUCGGCCUAUUCAGACCUCGCCGGGAGCAGGGUUCCCCAGGAGGCAGGUGGGCGGCUGCUCCCGCGGCGCCGCGCAGGUCGUCGGAGCCCGGGAUACCUAGGGUCGAGGACACCCGGAGUUUCCGAGCCACCAGAGGAAAAAGAUGAACGUUGCCACUUCAACCAGGAUUUGGGGAGUCUCCGCACUGCCCCAGAGCGACGAUGCUAAUUUGUUGAAGAGACACCUCCCGAUGUCCUUCCCUUCCAAAUUAUCAGUAGUUAAAGUAGGAUCCCCGCUGUUCUCGGUGGCGAAGGAAUUCCAAGAAAGCGGGCCUGAAAGCCUCUUGCUCCAAGCCAGAAAGGAUAGAAGUGGGUUCUAGCCAGAGGUUUUUGAACCAAGGCCUCAUGUCAACUCAGCCAGAAACGCCAGCAGCAACUAGUGCCUCCGCUUUGGCUUUUCCAUAGACCAGUUGUGCGCACCGGGCCAUUACCUGCAUAGAGGAGGCACUUAAGAGCUGAAACCUGGCGUCGGGCAGCCUUUGCCAGCGCGUUACCCUCGGGAGCCAAGAUGCGGAGAGGGCAGCAGCUAGAGUUGCACGUUCCCUUUAAAUCUCCGACGCAUCUCUGUUUUUCGUGUGAUUUGCAUUGACAGCAAGGGUUUUAAGUUACUAGAACAACUCAAACCUUUCUGUGUGCGAUUUAAAAUGGAUCAUUUGGUUUAUG